AUGGCAGCGAUGCUUGGCUUGAUUCGCCCAUGGCCUGCCCAGGCCGCCCCUGUGCUCUUGUCGGCUCUGCUGGUUGCACUCAGCUGUGGUCCAGUGCUCGUCGAUGCGCAAACCACCGCCCCUCCUCGGCUCUACUACGCCGAGGUAACGUUUAGAAACCUCAAUUUCUCCACUGUCUUGGGACCAGCUGACGGCUUUGAGAGCCUGCGCUUUGGCACCCUGUUCUACCUGACUGUCACGGCCAACACCGUGGAGGCCAGCGCCGUUCACAAUGUCUCGGUCCUGGCCGCAUCCAAUGACACGAUUGUGCGACUGGGGGUGGAAACCUCCGCACAAGCGACCGCCAUCGAGGUGGCCGCCGUGCGCGGCCUCUGUGUCACGUAUAACAGCCAGCGAUAUUGCACCCAUCUAGACAAUAGCCCUGUUGUUCUUGGACCCUCUGAUGAUGAUGAGCCCCUAGAGAUUGGCCCCAAUACCAAGAGUCCCGAAACUAUGCAGAGCGAAGGAGACGGUCUUUCCCAGACCAACCUGAUCCUGAUUGUGGCCGCCAGCGUUCUCGUCUUUGUGGCCCUUGUCCUUGUCUGGAUUGACCGGGUGCAAAAACGCCGCAAGCGUGAGGCUGCCGCCAAGCGCAAAAACUCAAACUUCUGCUUUGACGACAUCCUGGCGCCCAACGACACUUAUCAAGCCAAACGCCACCAACGCCUGUUGGCCAUGAUCAAACCUGGCUCUGACUCUCUGCGGGGUCCUCAGAUCAGUCAGCAAGUGCAAGCCCAAUCGGCCGCCGCACCUUCCCAGCCCACUGCCCUGUCACAGGCCAUGCGCCCCAUGUUACCACUGCCAAUCACCCAUCCUGCCUCCGUAGUCCCCAGUACAACCCACGCGAGCAACGGCGUUGCAAGACCGCAGCCUCGCGCGCCAUUGGCACUACCCCACCAUGCGCUGCAGCGGCCAGCGCCACAGCAUCGUCGCGACUACCACGAAUAUCACCAGCCCCAAAGACAAGCAACCGCUUACGGACACCUACACCAACGACCUCAUCACCUGCCACCCUCAACGUCCGAGUACCACCAGCCCCAACAAGUACCAAGACAGCAUCAACACCGUCAGACACACGCUGCGCCCCACCUCAGCCAGCAGAAGUAUCACCAAGCCAUGGCUGCUGCUGACGAUGGCGGGGCCCUUCCCCUGGACUAUCCACAUCGCCCGCAGACCACCGAAUAUCUCAAACCUGCAACUCAAAAUGGCGAACCGCUCUAUGACCUGGCAUCCUCCCUGGAUGCUGACUCGCUGCCGCGCAAGCGCUACCCUGUGCCCGGAGGGUUGCCCCCAGCUCCCCCCGUGCCACCAGCCACGCCUGCUAUGGUAUGGGCCCCGCCCCCCAUCAAGUCACCACUAGCCUCGCCUUCUCGAGCUCCUGGCAUGGUGCCCAGGACGCGCUCGACCGCCUUUGUGCCCUUUAGCCGCCAGACCAACGAUGAAUCACCCUCCCUCUGGCCUGCCCCAGCCUUGCCUCCCGUGCCUCGACCCACCACUUCCGACUAUGCCGCCUCGCGCGCGUCGUGGGGCACCGUGACCACCACCCCGAGUCGCCGACGCUCUGUCCGGUUUGCCGGGGAGCCGCUCUACGCUGAGAUGGGGUCAGAAACGGACAUCGACAUGACUGGUUACGACAAUGCCGAUGACAGCGAUGACAGUGACGAGUAG